CCCCCUGCCCUGGGCCGCGGCUCCGGCAGCGAUUGAGCGGCCUGGCCGGACCGCGCUGCCCCAGACCCCCCAAAACCUCCCCGGCCCCCCCAUGGGGCUGCUGUCGGACCCCCAGUGCCGGCGGGCGCUGGCCCGGCUCGUGCUGCGGCUCAACACCCCCCUCUGCGUGCUGAGCUACCUGGGGGGGCUGUGCUGGUUCCUGCUGCUGCCCGCCCUGGCGCCCCGCACGUACCUGUCGGAGAACGCCAUGGGCUCCACCAUGGUGGAGGAGGGCUCCGACCUGGGCAGCCGCGCCCUCGGCCUCGCCCGAGACUUCGGGGGGCACAGGAAGAGAGCGGGGGGGCUGCCCGUGGCGUGGCUGGAGCAGACCAUGUGGUCCCUGGGGCUGGAGGUCCAUCGCCAGCCCUUCUCCAGGACUCUGCCCUUCCCUGACGAGGCCCACGAGAGAUAUCUGGUGCGGGGCACCAACGUGUACGGGAUCCUGCGGGCCCCCCGCGCCGCCAGCACCGAGGCCCUGGUGCUGCUCGUGCCCCUGCCCGAGGGCACCAAGAACAACCAGGCCGUGGGGCUGCUGCUCGCCCUGGCCGGCUACUUCAGGGGGCAGAUCUACUGGGCCAAGGACAUCAUUUUCCUGGUCACUGAGCACGACCUGGUGGGCACCCAGGCCUGGCUGGAGGCCUACCAUGAUGUCAACCUGACUGAUGUGCAGUCGGGGGGCACCCCAGGCCGGGCAGGGGCCAUCCAGGCCGCGGUGGCCCUGGAGCUGAGCACGGACGUGGUGACCAGCGUGGACGUGGCCGUGGAGGGGCUGAACGGGCAACUGCCCAACCUGGACCUGCUCAACCUCUUCCACUCCUUCUGCCAGAAGAACGGGCUGCUCUGCACCCUCCAGGGCAAGCUGCCCCCCCCGGAGGGUCCCUCGGGGCCUGGCUACGGGCAGAGCCUGCAGACCCUGGGGCUGAUGGUGCUGGGCCAGGCCGGGGGGGGGCCCGGGGGGGCCCACGGGCUCUUCCUGCGCUUCAGGGUGGAGGCCCUGACCCUGCGGGGCAUCAACAGCUUCAGGCAGCACAAGUUCGACCUGGGGGCGCUGGGCAGGACUCUGGAGGGAAUGUUCCGGAAGCUGAACAACCUCCUGGAGCGGCUGCACCAGUCCUACUUCCUGUACCUGCUGCCCUCCCUGGCCAGGUUCGUGUCCAUCGGCUCCUACAUGCCCGCCCUGGGCCUCAUCCUGCUCGUCCUGGGGCUCAGGAUAUCCUGGGAGGGGAUCUGGGGGGGAUAUCCUGGGGAGGGGUCCUGA